AUGUUCAGCUGGGCCAAGCAGACACUCGCCCAUGUGGCCGGCACCCAGGAGCCUAUUUAUGGCUCGACAGCCGUCAAGUCCGUGGCCGGGGAGACCAAGGAGACGCCUUACACGGAGACCACACGGGAGCACCUGAAGUGGACGGCGAUGGAAUCGACCUGUGUCGAGACCCAGGUAUUCUACUUCACAUCCGACAGCGGUCCCACUGCGUUUGUCCAGGUGAUCUACAACAACAUCUCGGGCAUCCGCACCACGUGCCAGUUCAACACCAAGAUCUUCUACCCUGGCGAGACCAACAAGAAGACGCUCUGGAGUUCUACCCCGCUCAGGGACCACGAGUUUAGCGAAGACAUGACAUCCUUUUAUGCCACGGACUGCGCCGUCGAGCUGUCCGAGGACGGCGAGUCGUACUCGAUCAAGUCGCUCAACGACGACCGUGCCAUUGUCAAUCUGACUGUCAAGCGCACCGCGCCCGGUUUCCAGGCCGGAAAGACCGGCCGCUCUCUGUUUGGCACCGACCUUGACGACCCCUGGGGCUCCAUGCGCCACGUCUUCUGGCCACGCUGCGUUGCCUCUGGUUCCAUCACGACCACGGAGGACGGCCCGCUCAGCUUUGACGGCUACCGCGGCCUCUUCAUCCACGCCCUGCAGGGCAUGAAGCCACACCACCUGGCGUCCCGCUGGAACUUUGCCAAUUUCCAGAGCAAGGAGUACUCGGCCGUGCUGAUGGAGUUUACGACACCACCGUCGUACGGCUCUACCGUCAUCACCGUCGGCGGCAUUGCGCGCGACGGCGAGAUCAUCAUCGCCGGCACCGAUCAGACGACCACGCACCUGGCCGUUAAGGAGGACUCGGAGAACGACUGGCCCGAGCCGACGCAGAUCCGCUUUACCUGGUCUGGCACGGCUAAGGACGGCAGCAAGGUUGAUGCCGUGGUGGAGGGCGCCCUGGAGGAGAGACUGGACCGCAUAGACGUCAUGGCCGAGGUCCCAGGGUUCGUCAAGAAGAUUGCUGGCAGCGUGGCCGGCACGAAGCCAUACAUCUACCAGUACUACCCGCACAAGGCGCCGAUUGCGCUGAAGCUGAAGCAGGGCGACCAGACAGAGAUCACGGAGCCAGGACGGCUGUUUUGCGAGGCGACGUUCAUCUCGUAG